AUGGCCUACGGCCGAGGUGUGGGCAAAAUUUAAAAGAAUCCGAGCGUCGCACUUGGCAUACUUUUUAUGUAUUAAUUUUGAAGAAUUGAUUUUUUUUCUUGUUCUUCAAUGUACAUGCAGAUAUGGAACUGGGAUACUUUUUUGAAUAUAUGCAGAUUUUAUUAAACUUUUAUACCUCCGUAUAUACUACAUAUAAGUUCAUGUUAUUUUAAAAUUUUUGAUUUAUAUGGCGUAUUAAUGUUUUUUAUACCAGAAAUAUUAUAUAUAAAUAUAUAUGUAUAUAUAUUAUAUUAUUAUGCCUUUACUGUUUUUUUUAUUAUUUGUUUUUCUUUUUUUUUACAGAUAUACUUUGAUGUUUUAUACUUGCUAUAUAUUACCUAUAUACUACGGUUUUCUGAUUGAAUUUUUAUUUACAUAUAUUCUCUGUAAUUUUUAUUUUAUUACAUUAAUAUGUGACGUUAUGUUAAAUUAUGACAUUUGCAAAAAAUACUGUAUUUUGUCGAAAUAUUCUAAAAUUUGUGCUUAUCACGCCUUUUUUGUACUUCAUAUAUGCUUGAAACGAAGCACGUCAAUCCAGCGCAUUUCCUGAACCGUUUCGAAACUUCGUAUCGUUUUCAUUGAUUUAAAUGAGAGACGAAAUGUCGCGAAAUUAUCGGCACUUUUUCUUGCCCGAAAUAAAUGCUUUUUCUCGAAAAGGAAGAAGAAAGAUAAGAAAAUGUUUUUUAUCAUUUCGUUUUGAACGAAUCACCAAAAAGGGGCGGGAAAUUUUUUCUUCUAUCUUGGAUUGACGUGCGAAGGAGCUUGCUUGCCACAGUUGAAUUAGUUUUUUCUGAAAUUUGUUUUGUUAAAGGACCAACGAAACUACAUUUCAGUCUCAUAUUCACGGCUUGGAAGCCGAAAUGUCACAAAUUUUUUUGUUCUCCCAUGCCCUUAAAACAUCACAGAAAUAAUAUUAAAACAGCUGAGGAUGUGAUUCACAUUUGAUUUCAUUAUUUUAAUAUAUUUCCGUUGUACGACAAAUGGCAGCAAAAAUCCUGUGACAUUUCGUCUUCCAUGUGGUUGCUUUGGUCCUUUAAGAUUCCCAAGUUUAACGAUGAGAUCACUGGUUGUUAAAAUUCAAAAAUAAAAUAAUUAUCGUGACCAAUUCUGAAUUAUUCGAAAGAAUGACUCAAUCAAAAAAAAACUAAAAGAAUCUGCUAUAAUACAUUAUCAUCUAUCCUCAUAAUCAGUCUAGGAAGUUUCCACCACAAAAUGGACUUAACUAGAGAUGCAUCACUAUAUAAAACAAAUCCGCCUAAAAGCUUUUUUCAGUAGCAGACUGAACCUGUCAGAAAAAUCAGAAAGAAGAAAGGCAAGUGGAUGGGUACCUAAACGUAAAACAAUUUUAUGAAAGUAAAGGGAUUAUACUAACUGUUAUACUAACCUAAGUUUGAUACACACACGUAAUUAUAAAAGUUCCAUCGACUUUGUUUCUCGUUGCGGAAAAUAGAAAACUAAUGCGACGAUGGCAUCAUUCUAGUAUAUAAGCGACAUCAAGUACCGUCAAAAAAUCAACCCAGACGCUCAGGAGUCUAUCCGCCUCAACCGCCACAAGAUUUAUGUAAUUGAACGACGACACACACCGAGACUGGCUCUUUUAGUAGCCGAGGCCGAGUUGCCAACACGGGACGCGGGAACCAUAAUCCUCCUCAACACAGGCUCGCCCAGCAGUUAUUGCUAGCCUGGCCUUACCCCAUUGGGGGAAUAAUCAAUCAACCGAGAUCAUACAGCUCAAAACCGUCCAGAUAUGCUCACGGGAUCCCUUUGCGCUUCAAGAGCGAAAUUCGUGAUCCUCAUCAACCACGAAUGAAUGGAUUUAUCCGAGCUCUUUCAAAGGCUCUUAUAUGUGGCGCAGAUCCACCAGCUUAAGAUGGGUGUAAACCCGCCAAGAAGAUAAGCGGUUCCUUUUUUUCAGGCGUCACUCGACACCAUGUAAUAUCCGACGCAACAGUCGGAUACUUGUGUUUUAGCCCCGGCGCAAAUUGGCGCCUUCGCCAACGAACAAUUUGGGACCGUGGACCCAUGUGAGGCUCCACACUUUUCGUCGGGGAGCCCCAAUUGGCAGGAAAGUGUUGCCUCCAACCUCAUCAACAAGGUCCCUCAAGGACCCGGAUGGUCCCUGGUCCUAACCAGGGACUUCAGGGAACUGGCGCCUCUCAUGGGCCAGCUGGAGAUUGACCGUCCAGACCUCACGGUCUUUACGGUCACCAAGCCCAGUGAAUGGACGGAGGCGGUGGGCCUCAGGGCCCCGAAGCUGGCCGUGUUGGCCACGUUGGAGACGGCCGUGCCACUAAUUUUUGAGCCACCGGCCACCCCGGCCGUGGCCAUACAUAUAAAUGGAGCGCUCGGAUCACCAUGGCUGACCACCGAACCAGUUCCGUGGCUCAAAUACAAGGCGAACCAAUCGUAA